GGUUCCUUUCAUCACCGAUCCCCUCUUCCCCCCGUUGCUCCUCGGGUGGUCUUUUUCGUCUUUGGAAGAUGCAUCUUAUCUCUGCGGCCACCGAGGCUCCAUGCAAUGGUUGGUGUCUGAGCCAUGCUACUUGAUCUAACUUGAAGCACUCUGCUUUUCCGAAUCCCCUCUUCGAGUUCGCGUCGCGACUUCGAUGCCGUGAAGGCGCCAACAUGCCUCGCCACCGGAUUGGGGCGAUUCUGCUCCUCGCCGUCGUAGCUGUGAUUUUGUGCCUCCGCACGCCGGAAUGGCCCACAGUGCUGAACAAGCCGGGCCGCGAGAUCUUGAAUAGCACGCUAGGGUUUCAGCACAUCUUCGCCAUCAACCUCCCCUCGCGCACAGACCGUCGCGAUGCACUCGUCCUGGCCGCCGCUCUGAGCGGACUCGACAUCACCUGGGCCAACGGCGUUCCCGGGGAAGACGUGCACGACAGAGUGUUGCCCGGAGACCCCAGCAUCAGCCGAGAGCUCAGCUCGGGGAAGAGGGGCUCUUGGAGGGCCCAUAUGAACGUCUUGCAGAGAGUCGUCGACGAGAACAUAACAAGUGCCCUCAUCCUCGAGGACGACGCCGACUGGGACGUACGGUUGAAGUCGCAGAUGCAGGUAUUUGCCCAAGCAGCCAGGGCGUUCACGCAACCUUCUUGGAACGGCCGGUCCGUCGCAGAGCAGCUCCGCGAUCCACCCGGCCAGGAGCUUCCGCUCAACCAGCUCCCCCAGCGCACGCGCAGGCCGCGCCUGACCCCUUACGGCGACGACUGGGAUGUCCUCUGGCUCGGCCACUGCGGCACCGGCUUCCCGGAACCAACGAGAGGGGCGCCGACCUCCUCGUUUCGUGUGACCAUCCGGAACGAUGAUACUGUCCCGCCCCCCCAGCAUCUCCGCCCGCACCCCUUCGCCCUGCAAGACGCCCUUUCCGAGACAUACCCUCCGCACACUCGGGUCGUCCACGCCGCGAGCCGGACGGUGUGUACGCAAGCGUACGCCGUCAGCCAGCAGGGGGCGAGAAAGUUGUUGUGGCAAUUUGGCCUGCAGACGCUGACGACCGGCUGGGACCUGAUGCUGCGGGAUUGGUGCGACGGCUUGUACGACUCUUCGGAUACAGACGCUGACGCCGAUGCCGGUCCCGAAGUGUCUGACGACGACAGGCCUCGCGCCCCUCUCUGCGUGACGGCCCAGCCGCCGCUGUUCAGCCACCACUACGGAAGGGGAGCGGCCUCGGAUAUCACGGCCCCCGGGGGGGGCUUUGUCAACAAGAAAAAAGAAAUGACGCCAUACGUGCGGCGCAGCGUCAGGCUGAACAUGGAGAGGCUAGUCAACGGGCAGGAGGCUGUAGAGCAAUGGAAGAUCGAGGGCGAGUCAUCGAGUGCUUAACUUUGGACAAGCCUUGAUGCUUUUCGAUAUAAUUAGACCGUAUCCACGUCUAAUUAGGUGGGUAGCCGUGCAGCCGGCCACCCAUCGUCAGGACGUCUACUCAACCUGUGGUCCGUCAGUUUUGAUCAACCCUUGACCUCCUUCUCUCAAACCUCCAGGGAGGUCUUACUUCCGUGAUAUCCCUCGCUUUGGCCUGA